AUGAACAAGCCAUGCAACCAGUUGGACGUAGAGAUAAUCCUCCAAGCUUUUGGAAUAACAGUCCGUGGGGCUGUGGAAGCCGGACAAGCUAUAAGGGCUGGCAGUCCGAGGUUGGCACGCAUUGACGUUUCCAUACCAGGGUUUCUCGCUGCCACAGACUUGCCUCCUGUUCAGUUACCUCCCCAACGUGCCUUUCCCCCAGUAGUUAUCCCAGAGGAGGAGGCUGGCUCUUCACAUUCAUCCUUAGAGGAUCAGAUAGACCAGUUUCAAUUUACUGAGGAAUGGAAGGCUUCGGUCAGAGUAGUAGAGCUCUCCGACUCUGACGCUGAGUUAGACCGCGCCUCAGCGGCUCCUGGUACUGGUUUGGUCAUCGCACAACCUGAUAUCAGUGAAGACACAGGAGAAGAAGAAGGAAUGGAUCUCCAGCCGAGGACUGGCCUCAGGGGUCUUCUAUCUAACAGGUCCAAGGGGCAGACCUCCAAGGAAGUCUCGAAGGGACAGACCGUCCCCAAAGCUCCCGCUCCUCCUCCCCCUCCCUCAUCGGAUGCGGCGCUGCAGCCUAUGCCUAACUUAAGGCGAAAAAGGCCUGUAGAAGAGACGGAGGAGGGAAAGGUUGCCCGUGAGAAGGCCAGGCCUAAAAAGAAGGGCAAGGAAACGAAAGAGCCCCGAGAGAAAAGGACCAGGUCCACUGAGAGCCGAGAAGAGGCGGCCAUUCUGAGGGGACCACAAACGUGGUCUCCUCGGAUCGAGUUAGACGGCGCUCCAAUCCUCUGGGAUGCGACCCUAUGGGAAUCCCAGCGAGAGCAGGCUUCGUUCUUGGCCGAGGCGCUGCAGCAGCCUCUUCUCUUGCCCCGUGACAUGGAGGCGCAGGUCACUCAACAAAUUUAUGUUGCUGAGGAGUGGGCCAAGAAGGCCCGUGAGGAUAUGCAUAAAGAGGCUCAGUCCCGUUCUGCAGCUGAGAGGGCCGCUGGAGAUCUCAAACGAGAUUUUGAUCGUCAGGGUAAUGAGCUAAAGGAGGUGAAGAAGGCCAAUGCGAGUGCAGAGGCUGGCCUGAAAAAUGCUGAAAAGCAAGCUGACGAGCUGCGCAAGCAGCUCCGUCACUCUGAGGAGAGACUAGCAGCGGAGCAACAGGCGGUUUCGGAGCUUAAGGCUGAGCUUGCAAGGACCAAGGAGGAAGCUCGCUUGUCCAGGGAGGUUGCCGAGAAAGCUGUGGUGGCUUCAUAUGAACGUGGAGUCCACGAUGCUGAGGAGAGACUGGCCGAGGAAGUCGCCACCGUCUGCAGGGAAUACGUCACUUCGACCUAG